AUGUAUUUCUUAAGAAAGCUAAAUGGCUAUUCAAUGGCUGAUAUAAUAUACAUAUGGGGCAGAGGGCCCGGCUCUAUCGGUAUGGCACCGGGGCUCGAGUUGCCUCAAUUCAAAGUUGUUGGCCAUAAACAAUCAACCAAGUUAGAAGUGCUCAGCACAGGCAACUACUCGCGACUAGUGUGCGAGAUACAAUUCGUGCGAUCCAUGGGCUACUACCUAAUCCAAAUCUACAUACCCGCGUCGCUAAUCGUCAUCAUAUCGUGGGUGUCAUUCUGGUUGCACCGGAACGCCACGCCGGCCCGGGUGGCACUCGGAGUGACCACGGUGCUCACAAUGACCACGCUCAUGUCCAGCACGAACGCCGCGUUGCCCAAAAUUAGCUACAUCAAAUCGAUUGACGUGUUUCUCGGCACGUGUUUCGUCAUGGUGUUUGCCAGCCUACUGGAGUACGCCGUGAUAGGUUACCUGGGUAAACGGAUAGCCAUGCGCAAAACUCGGAGCCAGCAACUUCAAAAAUUGGCC